UCAAUGGAGGGUGGUCAUCUAAUUGAGUUCUUAUCUGGAAUAACUGUGCAAACUAUGUCAAAGGAGACCCACUUGGGUUAACAAGACUGGAGUGAUGUGUUGACUCUCUUAAAGGAAGAUCAAGGUAUGGCGGCGGCUGGUGUUGCUGAGUUUCUGUGGAAAAAGUUUUUGAGGUCUCUUGAUGAUGCAGAGUCUGAAUUGUCAGGUUCUGUGAGUCUCUUUUCUAACUUUGUAGCAAUCAAACAUAUCUUAGUAAACACGCAGAAAGUUCCAUUUUUUUUAGAGAAUUCGGUGCCAUGGAAUGUGUCAUGGGAAAUGAAUACGUAUAUUCGGGUGAACACCUACCUCACCGAGCUCAACUAUGCACUGGCAGAGUGCCGGGUCUUCACAACCGAGAGUAAUGAGCUUGACAAUAAGAUUUUGGUUAUCAGUCCUUCCUUGAUUUAUUUCAUCCUAAAGAUGAAGAAGCGGCUGGCCACACUCAAAAAGAAGUUUGUAACUUUGGUUUCUAACUCAAGGGAGCAGAAAGAGAGGAACAAUGUUGUCAAAGGCUUGGGACUACCUACUGAGACUAUAGUAGCGAUGAAGAAGAAUUCAGAAGAAAUUGUUGUACUUUCCGAUGCGAUUCAGGCUAGUUUUGACAAGGUUGAGAGCUUACUUGUUGGUGGUGCAGAUGACAUUGGAUUUACUGCAGUUGGGAUAGUCGGCAUGGCUGGCGUUGGUAAGUCCAAUUUCGUACGAAAGAUGUUUGAAAAUGUAAGUGUGAACUCUGUGUAUUCUCCUAUCGUUUGGCUAUGUCUGUCUGAGUUAAUGCCAGAAAUUCAAGUAGAAGAUAUUGUUUACGCGGAUGAGUCGUUCAAUAUUAGCAUUGUGACAUAUCUUCUUAAAAAGUUGGGUGAUGAGGUUGUAAAGACAGGUAUUUCUGGCAUUGGACUUAAUGUGCUGUUGGAAAGGCUCAAGCAUCUUCUAUUGGGGAAAAGGUAUUUGAUUGUGUUGGACGACGUGAGGCACAUCAACAAUUUUUUUGCGGAUUUAGGUAAUGAUACAUUCCCAGAGCUGGUAGGACAUAAAAAUUGGGAUCGCUUAUCACAUGGAUUGCCUAAGGAUACUGGCGGUGCAGUCAUUGUCAUUAGUAGAACAACAGAAGUUGCUCAAGAUAUGGUUGGCCUGCGCCAACAUAGUAUGAAUAAGCAGCUGACCACACUGAAAAGGAAGUCUGUCAUGUCUUUGGUGAAACAGCAAGACCACAAACCACCUCACAUCCCAUCAGUUUCUGCCGUGACAGAGAAUGUUGCUGUAAAGAAGAACUGUAAUGAACUUAUGGUACUUCCUGAAGCAAGCACAUGGAAGAUUGAUGAAUUACUUCUCAGAGAAGGGGCUGGAGAUGGAUUCACAGCAAUUGGGAUAGUCGGCAUGGGUGGCAUGGCUAAGUCCAGGAUGGUGCUGGAUGUUUUGAAUUUUUACAGGGUGUGGAGUGAGUUUUCUCCUAUAGUAUGGCUAUGUCUGUCAGAUAUAUUCCCAGAAAAUCAAGUUGUACUAGAUAGCACUGGAGUCAGCAUGAGCAUUGUGACAUGUAUUCUUGAUAAGUUGGGUGAGGAGGUGGCUAGUUUCUCUGGCCUUGGACUCAGUUUGCUCUUGGAACGACUCAACUAUCUUUUGCAAGGCAAAAGGUAUUUGAUUGUGUUGGAUGAUGUCUGGCAUACCAUGGAGUGUUAUUCUGAUUUAGGUUAUAAGCUUCCAGAAGGCGAGAAGUUUGGGGAACGCUUAUCUCACGGAUUACCCAAGGACUGUGGUGGUGCAAUUAUUGUCAUAAGUAGGAUAACAGAAGUGGCUCAAGAUAUGGUUGGGAAAUAUAAUGUGUUUCUUGCGAAGCCUUGGGACAGAGGAUGGUGCUGGGUGCAAUUUAGGUACUUUAUUGCGACCAUAGCAGCACGAUGUGGUGAAGAAAAACGUUUCAGCAUGUCGAAUUGGGAAACUGUGGGUAAGAUUGAGACCGAAAUUCUUGAUCAAAUUAGUGGUCUACCAUCAAUUGCUGAGUCACUUGCAGAGUUGAUCGUCCAGAAACGGAUUAGUGAUACUGAUGAUCAUGGGUCUGGCCUGAAGGAGAUGUUGAUACCCCGCGAGUUUCUUGUUCACCGUUCAUUCAUAUAUGUCCCAGUCAAUGAAAGGAAUGUAAAAUGGGUUGAGGAUAAGAGUGAUAUACCAAAAUGCCCAGUGUUUGUAUUUGUUGAUCUAAAAAUGGAACACUAUGCAGUUAGACUUCUGGAAGAAUUUCGCUAUCAGCUUAAUCAAGAGCAGGUUAUUGCUGUUCUGGACAAGAAUUUCGUUAAUAGGCAAAAGACAAGGACAGAGGAACCAGAGAAUGCGCUAAAGGAGUUUUAUGGUAUACUUAAAAAGCUAAAGAGUGAAGGACAUGAAUUUUCUGGAGAAAUAGAAAAGAAGAUGACAAUUAUAAUUGUUGGUGGGGAUGUUUUUGUGAACUGGUUCUUGGGAGUUAUCUGUGAUCUAAAAUUGCCAGCCUCACCCUGCAUUGUUCCUGUAGCACUGGGAUUCAAAGCUGACAUUGCAAGUUCAUUGGGAUGGGAGUUUGAUGCUGAUAAAGUACCAGUGAACAAGAUUUUGGCGACGGUACUAAAUAGAGCAAAACAGAUGAAAACAGAUAGCUGGCAUAUCCUCAUGAAGAUGAAAACCACCGCUCAUCAAGAAAUACCAUAUUGUUUGCAUUUAUCUCAUCAAGUUCAUGAAACAGAUAUGAAAAAGGAUGAUCCUACAUUAAUCUUUGGAGGAUUUUGGAACUACUUCAGUUUGGGAGUUGAUGAUCCAAGGUUGUAUGGAGCCUCCCGCUUUCGUCAUACUUCCAGGACCUUAAGGAGCGCACUUGCAAAAGUAGAAGUGUUGAAGCAUCACGGUGAUCAGUGGGAAGUUCUUAGCUUUCCUAAUAGCAUCAGGUCUAUUGUGUGUCUCAACUUGCCCAGCUUUCUUGGUGGACAAACUCCUUGGACAACAGCAAAUAUCAAUAAAGAUCAAAGAAGAGGCCUGACGUCAUCUUUCAUAGAUGAUGGACAUCUUGAAAUUAUUGGUUCCAAAGAUGAUUUGCUUUCCCAGAAGAAAAGGUGGAUUCGCUUAGAUCAGGUCCAAGAAAUCCGCUUGAAGCUUAUUGAGGAUUCAGAUGUGGUUGUAAAUAUGACAAUUGAUGGAGUACCCUGGAAAAGAACUCCACUUGAUAGUUUGCUCGAGAUUGAAAUCUCUUACCACUGUCAAGUAAAUGUUCUUCUUAAACAAGAUCACUCAGCGAAAAGUAUCCAUGGCUCAGCCCAACCCUGGGGGUCAGAAAUCAAUGAAGACGAUGAUGGUAAUAAUAGACAGUAUUCUCACGGCCACAAGACAUUUGGUGCAGCCAGCAGCUUCAAAAUGCCUGAGGAUGACAUUAAUUGCUGAAAAGUACUCUGAGAAAAUGAGAAGCUUGGAGAGGCAAACACUUCCGAGAUCCCUUAGCAUGAUGACAAUCUGAAGAUAGUACUACAGGACACUACAGUUUUUUACAGAAACCUACUUGAUAUAAAGGACACAAGGAGUUUGAAGCAGCAAGCAGUUUCCAGAAUCCUUAGUCCUACAGCUAUGUUUCUGUUGCAGUAACCUCUCCCUAAUCAGGUCCAACCAUGCAGCAGACCCUUUUCAGCACCAGAUUAAUCUCUACACCCUUCUAGUCAGCAGCAGAUUCUUUGUACUCUUGAGGACCACAACUAGAAUAGGACAGAUUUUACUUAACAGUUUAAAUGGUUCUCAAUCCUUAAAUAUCUAACCGGAUCCCAAAUUGCUGGGCAUGAAAUGAAGAUG